UAACUUCUGAAAGAGUUUGGAUAUGACGUCAGAGAGUCGCGCCGCUCCUGUUCGUUUUUCGUGAGCGAGAGGCGGUUGUGAAAGAACAAACCAAAGACUUCAUUGGACUUCAUGAGUUUCAUCACAUAUUGGCCAGAGACUUUACAGCCUUAAGUGUCUCCUGCUGUGUUCCAGCUCCAGAUCCUGGGUUUAUACACAAGCAGCCAUGUCUGGCUCCUAUGACUCCAUGAUCAAUGUCUCCAGUGACAGCUUCUGGGAGGUGGGGAACUACAAGCGCGCGGUCAAGCGGGUGGACGAUGGGAACCGCCUGUGUAACGACCUGAUGAGCUGCAUCCACGAGCGCGCGCGCAUCGAGAAGUCCUACGCCCAGCAGCUGACCGAGUGGGCCAAGCGCUGGAGGCAGCUCAUAGAGAAAGGCCCUCAGUACGGGACCCUGGAGCAGGCCUGGAUCGCUCUGAUGACGGAGGCGGAGAAGGUGAGCGAGCUGCACAUGGAGGUGAAGGGAGCGCUGAUGGGGGAGGACUUCGAGAAGGUGAAGAACUGGCAGAAGGAGGCCUACCACAAGCAGAUGAUCGGGGGCUUCAAGGAGACCAAGGAGGCGGAGGACAGCUUCCGCAAGGCACAGAAACCUUGGGCCAAGAAACUCAAAGAGAUGGAGACGAUGAAGAAGGCGUACCACUCGGCCUGUAAGGAGGAGAAGCUGGCCAUCAGCAGAGAGAACAGCAGCAAGCUGGACAACAACCCAGAAGCACAGAAGAAACUGCAGGACAAAGUGGAGAAGUGCCAACAGGAAAUGAAAAAGACUAAGGAGCACUAUGAGAAGUCCCUGGAGGAGCUGGAUAAGUGCACUCCUCAGUACAUGGAGAACAUGGAGCAGGUGUUUGAACAGUGGCAGCAGUUUGAGGAGAAGAGAAUCUGCUUCUUCAAAGAGCUUCUGAUGGAGGUGAAGAGCCACGUGGACCUGUCUACCAACCACAAAUUCCAGACAAUUUAUCACACGCUGGAGGACACCAUCAAAGCCGCGGAUGCCGUGGACGACCUGAAGUGGUUCCGGUCCAACCACGGUCCUGGGAUGCCCAUGAACUGGCCUCAGUUUGAGGAUGCGGCGCUCUCCGGUCCUCGCUCCCAUAAGAGAAGGUCCAUCAUAGCCUGGUCUUUAGAUCUGAACCGGUCCCUGACCAAGAGGGAGAAGAAGAAGCCAGGAGAUGGGGUCACUCUAACAGGGAUUAGUCAGGCUGAGGAGCCCACUACCAGCAGCAGGAGCAGCCCUGCUGUGCCGUGCAGCACAGAGCAGGUGAGCUCAAACCCCUUUGAGGAAGAGGAAGAAGAUGAGGAAGAGCUGCCCGUGGAAGCGCCUGAAGGCAGCCCUGUCAAUGUCAUUAAAGAGGAGAUUGAAACCAAAACGUUGGUGACAGAUUCCUCCCAUGCCGGCAAAGAGGAGAAGACACAGGAUUGGUCUGACGAGGAGACGGCAAACCCCUUCACUACUGUCGACAGUGAGAAGGGCAACCCUUUCGAGGACGAGCCCUCGUCCCCUGGCAUCGCCGUGCCCGUCCGAGCCCUCUACGACUACGAGGGGCAGGAACAGGACGAGCUCAGCUUCAAAGCAGGAGAGGAGUUCACUAAGACGGGGGAAGAGGACGACCAGGGCUGGUGCCGGGGGAGGCUGCAGAAUGGCCAGGUCGGCCUCUACCCCGCCAACUACGUGGAGGAAGUCCAGUAGCGCUCAGCGCGGCACCAGCUGCACUGGGACCCUAGAACGAGUCUUCCGCCAAUCACAGUAGCUGAUCCCCACCCCCGGCCAAUGAACUGAAGCUUUCCACCGAGCCCCACCCUUCACGUGUUUACGCAGCCCGUUCACACCGAUGGCUAAUGCACAGCCGACGUCCCCCCCAGUUCAUCUGUAUUGAUAACUAAUGCACCAAUGAUACACCCACAACAUGUUCCAAUUGAUAGCUAAUACCCAGCAGGUUUGCUUUUGCUCUGAUCCCCACUGGUAGCUCAUAGUUAAUGACUCCUGCAGUACUCCGCAGGAGCCUGAAGCCUGUGAAGCUGUAGGCCAAUGGGAAGGGGGGGGCGCUCACAGAAGAGACACUGCGUUUGUGUUCACUCAUUUAAAAAUUAUCUGUACAUAUGAUUUUAUAGCUAUAUUUUAAACACGAUAUCCUUUUGAAUGUAUGUGUCUCCAGGCUAAAAUGGCGGCCUGGAUGGCCUUGGGCUUGUGUUACACCCUGCUCGUGGGGAGAUGGAAAAUAAAUUCUGCUCCAUACUUUCAGCCUCCUGGCGCUGGACAGACGGACGGCAAUGGACCAUAUUUUUGGUGACCGACAGACAGACAGACAGUGCUAGACUGUAAUUCUGUUGACGGACGGACGGACAGACAGACCGACAGAUGGACAGGUAGACAGUGUUGGACUAAUUCUGGUGACAGACACAGACAGACAGACCCAGAGGCCUGUGGGAUCUUGCAUAGGGAGUGGUGGGCCAGUUAGCAGUCCCCAAUGGAUGCAUCUUUCUCAGCUAGUAACAUUUUUAACCCAAUUCUACAGACCAGACCAGUCACUGAUGAGGAAUGAGGAGGUGUCUGGAGGCACGUGGAGGGGCCAGACUCAAAGAACACUGAACUGGGGGCCCUUUGUGGUCUGGUGCUUUGCAUAUGAACACAUAGUUAGACGAUGUCAAAUAUGUGCUUGGAUAGCGUGUACCUUAAACAUGCUUAAAUCCAACCCGAAGCCCUCGGCGUUGGGUUUUUUGUUUCCGAACAGCAGGGGAAGCGCUCGUGUAAACCGCCCCCCUGUCAUACGUGAGCCUCAGUGCCAGGGUCUGCUCACGCUAACCCCGUCCCGUUGGGGACACACCUCUGCUCUACACGCCCGCUUUUCAACUGUUCUCCGGACACCUCCGCGCUCCCUUACUUUAGAGGUUUGCCUUAGUGGCCGUAUUAUUUUGAUGGCAUUAAAGUGCGCUUACGAGAGUGUUUCGGUUUGGAAAGGGUGUCUCCGUCGAAGCUGCCAUAUUUAUUCAGGCUGUAAAUGGAACCUGGAACUCCCUUAACUUAGGAAGGUUUCUUAACACCAGGCAGUGAUCCAUUUUUUUUUUCUUACACAGAAAAGCAGUAUUCUUGUAUGUAAAUAAUGAUAAUCAUUAGAACAAAUAAAGCAAUAAAUGUUACUUUCAAAUUCUGAAUUAUAAAUUUAAGAACAUAGUUUGUAAUAUGCCUGAAGUGCAACUUGCUGUUGGAUGAAUGCUGUGAUUUCAGAUGUUUGUAUAAUAAUUUAACAUUUUUAUUACAGUUAUAAUUCUAAUUU